CGCCGUGCCUGCCUGCUGUUCCUGCCGCUACUGAGAGGUAGCGGGCUGCGCUGCAGAGAGGCUUGGGUCCCUAAGGGCCAAGCAGCCUGAGGGGCGCGCGGCUCGCGCGGAAAGGACGGAAGGCUACCCUAGAGACCAGUCCUCCGGGCGCCCUCUCCCAAGGAGGCUCCGAGAGCCCGGGCCCUUUGCAGGGUCCUGCCCGCUUUCAGCACUCUCUAGCUGAUUAAGGGAGCAGGGUGGCGCCGCUUCUCGGGUGCCAGGUCUGGGAUUCGUUUUCCAAACUCGGUCCAGAGAUUUUUUGAAUAUCCUGAGCAGAACGCCAGCGCAGCGGGCUGGACUAGGGGCCCUUCCUGCACCUCCUGGAGCCCGGCACCAGGCAAAGCGCACUGUGGGAGCUCCAAGGGUUUUGAGAAAGUCAACCCCAAGGCAAGGGCAUUUGGAGUGCUGCUGCGGAGCCAGGGCUUGGAGGAACAAGACAUGUAUUUUAGGCUGCGUCUGAGAAGUGGAGGAUUACUUGGCAUCACAAGAGGCAACAACCCUGAAAAGUGACUGUGAUUGAUUAGGCAGAGGCCUGAGAAUUUCUAGCUGAUGACUUAGAGUAUGCUGAAAAGCCAGUGCUUUCCUUGGGCAUCUAGGAACCAACUGUGGCAUGGAGCAACAAGCCCUGAAGACAGUUGUGGAAAGCAAGGAGUCCUUUUACUGGCAUGAUUUGGAUCACCAAGUUCCUGAUGGGAUGCUGGUGUCCUUUACUCAGGGCAGCACCUGGAGCUUCACAAAGGUCAGGGUGUGAGUGAGGACUGGCCGACCCUUUACUCUGCUCAGGAACUUGAGAGCUGUGGGACCCUGACGGUUUUCCUUCUGGACGAUGGCUCUGAACACUUCUACCAUGGAUGGGGCUGGACUGGUGGUAGAGAGGGACUUCUCCUUCCGCAUCCUCACAGCCUGCUUCCUGUCACUGCUCAUCCUGUCCACUCUUUUGGGGAAUACCCUGGUCUGUGCUGCUGUCAUCAGGUUUCGACACCUGCGGUCCAAGGUGACCAAUUUUUUUGUCAUCUCCUUAGCUGUGUCAGAUCUCUUGGUGGCUGUCUUGGUCAUGCCCUGGAAAGCUGUGGCUGAGAUUGCUGGCUUUUGGCCCUUUGGGUCCUUCUGUAACAUCUGGGUAGCCUUUGACAUCAUGUGCUCUACUGCAUCCAUCCUUAACCUCUGUGUGAUCAGCGUGGACAGGUAUUGGGCUAUUUCCAGCCCUUUCCAGUAUGAGAGGAAGAUGACCCCCAAGGCAGCCUUCAUUCUGAUUAGUGUGGCAUGGACUUUGUCUGUUCUGAUCUCCUUCAUUCCAGUGCAGCUCAGCUGGCACAAGGCAAAGCCCACAGGGCCGUUGGAUGGCAAUGCCACUUCUCUGGAGGAGACUGAGGACAACUGUGACACCAGGCUGAGCAGGACAUAUGCCAUUUCAUCUUCCCUCAUAAGCUUUUACAUCCCUGUAGCCAUCAUGAUUGUCACCUACACCAGUAUCUACAGGAUUGCUCAGAAACAAAUCCGGCGCAUCUCAGCCUUGGAGAGGGCAGCAGUCCAUGCUAAGAAUUGUCAGACCACCGCAGGUAAUGGGAACCCAGUUGAAUGCUCACAAUCAGAAAGUUCCUUUAAGAUGUCCUUCAAAAGAGAGACUAAAGUUCUGAAGACUCUGUCUGUGAUCAUGGGGGUGUUCGUGUGCUGCUGGCUUCCUUUUUUCAUCUCCAACUGUAUGGUACCCUUCUGUGGGUCUGGGGAAACCCAGCCAUUCUGCAUCGAUUCUAUCACCUUUGAUGUGUUUGUGUGGUUUGGGUGGGCUAAUUCCUCCUUGAAUCCUAUCAUUUAUGCCUUUAAUGCUGAUUUUCAGAAGGCAUUUUCAACCCUCUUAGGAUGCUACAGACUUUGCCCUACAACGAAUAAUGCCAUAGAGACAGUUAGCAUCAAUAACAAUGGGGCUGUGGUGUUUUCCAGCCACCAUGAACCAAGAGGCUCCAUCUCCAAGGAGUGCAAUCUGGUUUACCUGAUCCCUCAUGCUGUGGGCUCCUCUGAGGACCUGAAAAAGGAGGAGGCAGGUGGAAUAACCAAACCACUGGAGAAGCUGUCUCCGGCCUUGUCAGUCAUAUUGGACUAUGAUACUGAUGUCUCUCUAGAGAAGAUCCAGCCCAUCACGCACAAUGGACAACAUCCAACCUGAUGUUCUUAUCGCCAGUGCUAGAGGUUUCCCUAGGGCUUGAUGUUAAGAAAUUAAAAUCUGUGAGACCGAGAUGUUGUGAGAGCCCUCUGCUGCUUUUGAACAAUUAUGAGGACUUUCAAAUGCAUUCCAGUUUAUAUUCUAGUUAUUGAUAGUCAAACAGGGACACAUGAAGAGCCACAAGGGAGAUGUCUGGCUCCAAAAUCAUUUUUGAAACUCAUUUAUCUUAGGACCUUAUAAUGAAAAAAUAGGACAAAGAAUCAACAGUGAACAGCUUCACUUAAAAAUCAAAACUUUCCAGGAAGGAAAUGAGAGGUUGAGUCUGCUGUAUACAAACAGGUGCUAAAACUGUUCCAAGCAGUUUUCAGAUUGUAAAGGUAGGCGCAUGCCUUCAUAAAUUAUUUCCAAAACAAUAACUGAGCCUUACAGUAAGAGUGGGAUUUUUUUCCAGAACUGACAGAUGAUUUGUUAAUAGUGGCUUUAUUUAUUUAUUUAUUGUAUUAUAUGGAUAUUUUACAUUUAUCAUAGUGAAUCUAUAUUUAUCAUAUAUAGUAGAACACACUAAUAUUAUCUGAGACUGAACUGUGUUUUGAACUAGCACUUUAUAAACCAGUGAAACAAACACACAGACUCUGAAAUUCUAAAUUGUGAAUAACUUCUGGAAACACAGCAAAGACUGACAGGAACUGAAAUUGUGAUGCUUUCUUACCACAACACAGUUAAAUCCAAGAUGAGAAUUGACAAAUGCUAUGAAUGCUUUUUUAUUUUACUAAAAAUAUUUUUGAAAAGUAAAAAAACCCACAGCCACUACUGUGUUCUAAACAUUUUAAAUGGCAAAGGCUUUCCCUGGGAGAAUUUGCAGUGCUGUAAAUAUCUUAUAUAAAAGCCAGUUUAAGAAGAAUACAACUCUACAUUUCUGUCCUUAGGUGGUAAGGAAAAGUAUAUACCACUUUGUAUUUAUGUAAAAUAAUUGGCCCUCCCUGUCGUUUCUCAUUUUAUGCCUGAAAUAGCUUUCUGAAAUAAACAAAAGACUGUCCAGGAUUAAGAUGUGCGGUGGGGAGAGCAAGCUUUAAAUUCACGGGUCACAGCAACCCCUCCAGUGGGCAAAGCUCAAACCUUGUCUCUCCAUCUGCCCAGGUCUAACCGAAACAGUCAAAUUAAAAAAAAUGUUAAUGGUAUACCCAGUAAUGAACAGCGCCUCAGUACCUUUACAUGAGACACUUCUCUUGGUGGAAGAAACAGAAGACCCGGUUCUCUUGUGUGUGUUAAGCACCUCAAAGCUGUUGGCAUGUUUAUUCACAAAGGCUAAUUUUUAAUUCUAUGGUUUGGAAUCCAGGUUCUAUGCCUAGACUGCAAAAAGUACCAUCAGCUUCCCUUAUGUGGGGCUGCUAACUCACACGGGACAUUUCAACACAGGUUUUGUUUUUUAAUUUUUUUUCAAAUGUUUACAAGGUAUUCUUGAUGAACAAUUGACUUAACACGUGGAUGAAAUUGAUAAAAAAGAAAAAAAUCUGCUGAAAAAGUAUCUCCUGCAUCAGGUCUGUGUUAUUUAUGUAUUGUGAAUGUUUUCUCAAUUUUACUGCUUGUAUGCUUUCUUACAUGCAAUAAACUUAUUUUGUGAAUUCAAA